CCGUUACCCUUCCUCCUGUCACUACCUGCCCUUGUGAAAGGUCCCUCCCCCGUGUUCCUGGAGGACCCUUCAGCCCGUAAGUGGCACAGAAAUGGCAUCAAGAAACCCAGAUCCCAUAGGUACGAAUCUCUCAAAGGGGUUGACCCCAAGUUUCUGAGGAACAUGAGAUUUGCAAAGAAGCACAACAAAAAGGGUCUGAAGAAGAUGCAGGCCAACAAUGCCAAGCAGGCUGCCCAGCAGAAAAAAGACUGA